AUGAAGGAAGCUCUACAGCCAGGUGGAUUAGCUCAAGAGCAACGACGACUGGUCCUUGCAGGUGCAGGUGGUAUUGGCAAGACACAGCUUGCGAUUGCUUUUGCAAGAUGCCACCGCAAUGUUUAUGAAUCGAUCUUCUGGCUCAAUGCCACAUCAGAGGCCAUGCUAAAAAAAGGCUUUCAAUCAAUGGCCAGUCUUAUGUUUGAGGGAGGAGUUCCUGAAGAAGAGGAAAGUGUGACUUGUGUGCAUCUAUGGUUAGCAGACACCGGAAACACCCAGUGGCUGCUGGUUUUUGAUAACUAUGAUGACCCUGGCCAGUUUGAAAUUGGACAAUAUUACCCCCCUGCUUCCCAUGGGGCUAUCAUCACGACCACACGACGACUGGAUCUUUUUCCUGAAAGUAUCCGAAUCCGAAUCAACGCUCUGAAGAAUAUUGAAGAGAGUCUCGCCAUACUGCAAAUACGAUCUGAGCGAGAAAAUAUGGAACUUGAUCCCCAUGCAACAGGCCUAGCAGAGCGACUGGCAGGGCUUCCAUUAGCUUUAGUAACUGCUGGUGCAUAUCUCCAACGAAGUUCUUGCAGUUUUCAAGACUAUCUUCAGCAGUAUGAGAAGCACUGGAAUGUUUGCCCACGCCGUCCGGUCCAGCUGCGGUACGAGUAUCCAGAUCGCACUCUCUAUACCACCUGGGAACCGUCCUAUACCCGCCUUAAACAGGAUGAUCCAGAUGCAGCAAAGCUACUGAAUUUGUUUGCUUACUUUAGUAAUCAACCACUCUGGUAUGAGCUUUUCCAUAUAGGGCUGUCAGAUGGUUCUCCUAGUUGGCUGGGUGAUAUGAUGUCCGAUUACUUUACGUUUGACAAUGUGAUGGGAACACUGGUAGAUUAUUGUUUUCUUGAGGUUCCGACUGAAGAACGAAAAUGGAGCAUGCAUGCCUGUGUUCAUGAUUGGAUAGUAGCUGGGCUUAAUAGGAAACCCGACCUACAGCAAUAUUGGUAUGCUUUUGAUUGUGUUGCUGGAUCCAUUAACCCAAAUGAUCAGGAUUCUCUUGCACACCUUUCUUACUCUCACCUGGCUGCUCAUGCAACAUGGCUGGUACAAUCGCCCUUUUACCAGCAUAGAUUUAUACUUGACAUGACUCCUGAUCGUCUUGAAAAGGCGUAUCGCAUUGCAUUACUACUUUGGAAGCAAACACGGCUUUCUGCCGCAGAGGUGAUGUUACGGCAAGUACUAGCAGUUAAACAGAAGGCCCCGGACCACACCUCAACCCUCGGCACUGCCAAUGACCUUGGGAUCCUCGAUUACAGUCAGGGCCGGCUGCAGAAGGCAGAGGAAAGGUAUCAGCAAGCACUGGCAGGUAAACAGAAAGCCCUAGGCCCAAACCACACCUCAACCUUCGAUACUAUCAACAACCUUGGGAUCCUCUAUCAAGGUCAGGGCCGGCUGCAGGAGGCAGAGACAAUGCAUCAGCAAGCACUGGCAGGCUAUGAGAAGGCCCUGGGCCCAGACAACUGGCAAACCCAGCGUCGCAGAGAGUUAUUGAGUACAUCAUGGAAACCUCAAAGGCGUCUCGGAUGGGAAGUGGUGUCUCGCCUUUUCAUGCAAAUCCCUUUGCUAUGUUUUCUAAUCUCUAUUCUGAAGAAGGCCCUGAGAUGGGUUGGAAUCUAG